CUUUAAAUAUUUUUCAAUUGCUUUGGAUGAAUCUACCGACACUUCAGACUCAGCGCAGGUGCUUUUAUUCGUUCGCGAAGUCAAUGAAUCUUUUGAAAUAACCGAAGAAUUGGCCGCCGUCCACUCAAUGAAAGACUCAUGUACUGGUAAUGAAAUUUUUUUGAAGGUAAAAGAAUCUAUUUUUACUUUGGGUCUUGAAUUUAGCAUUUUAAAAGGCGUAACUACUGAUGGUGAACGCAACAUGUGUGGAGCACAUACAGGUUUGGUUGGAAAUAUUUGUAAAGCUGUAUUGGAGACUGGUGCAGCAGCACCAAUGGCUAUUCACUGCAUAAUACACCAGCAAGCUUUGUGUGGGAAAAAUGCACCAAUAUAUGAAGUUAUGAAUAUUGUUGUGCAGAAUGUAAAUUAUAUUCGAAAAAAUGCUCUCAGUCACCGUCAGUUGAAGAACUUUCUUGCUGAAAUUGAAAAAAAAAAUCUUGCCCAUUUUCCAACAUGCAACAAAUUCAAACUUGAAAAUUAUAAAGAAUUCCCUACCGUUUUUGCUGUUGGAGUUCUCACCUAUUUAAAAGAGCAGUUCCAGACCCGAUUUAGAGAUUUCAAAAGUGCAGAAGACCGUAUUCGAAUUUUUGAAAAUCCAUUUGCAUUAAAAAUAGAAACUUUACCGACAGAGUUUCAGCUUGAAGUUAUCGAGCUCAUAUCAAACAACAAUUUCAAAGACUAUUUCAAGGAAGCUAGUCUCCAACAAUUUUACGCCAUGUUGCCAGAUGAAUCAUUUCCAAAUCUCAAAAAACAUGCGCGUGAAAUUAUAUCAAUAUUUAGCUCAACAUACUUAUGUGAGCAGACAUUUUCAAAAAUGAAAUAUGUCAAAUCUAAGUACAGAACUAACUUAAGUGACGAACAUUUACAAGCGACGCUGCUAAUUGGAACCAAAAAGUUUGAUGCAAACUUUCAAGACAUUUUAAAAGACAAGCAAUUCCAAACGUCUCACUAA